AUGAGUUUCUUUUCAUCGUUGUGCGCAGCUGUCGUCUGCUUCCUGCUUGUAUCGCCUGGACGAUGCAGCUACGGCCACAACCUCUUGAACGCCCUCGCCACCUCACGUCUCAGCGAUCUCUACGAAGAACACUGCAAGGACAUUUGCAACGACACGUCCUUUUUAUCCCAUAUCAAGUAUCUGAACUGCUCAUUCAAGGACCUUACAUGUGUGCCAGCGUUAGCUCAAGAAUAUUCAACCGUUGUUAUAGAAUUUGACCUACAUAAUAACUCCAUUUCGUAUAUUGAGAACGAAACGUUUUCCGGGUAUUUUAAUCUAGAGAAGCUUGACCUGUCCAACAAUUUAAUUUCGUUGCUGCAGGCUUAUGCUUUUAUCGGACUCGGAAGUUUGACACAUUUGAAUCUUUUCAACAAUCAACUUCCAAUGACGAGCUCUACCUUCCACGACGAUGUUUUCAACCCCCUUGUAAACCUAACUUGGCUUAAACUUAACAGAAAUAACAACGUAAGCCUAGAAGGGUUAAACUAUCCUGACGUUGCGUUAUCAAAGCUGGUAAAAUUAGAAUAUUUGUUCCUGGAUGGCGUCAGAAAUGCGGACUUCGGUCCAGGUUUUCAAAACUUGACGUCGUUAAGGAGUCUGACACUUGCAGGCUACGACGAAGGGAACUGCCACAUGGGGUCUCUCAGUAACACGACCUUUCAGUACCUUCAACCUUUAACCUACUUAAACAUCCGCUCGUGCUUCAUCACUGGAAAAUUCAUCGCAGCUGGGGCGUUUUUGCCCCUGAAAAAUCUGGUCACCCUUAAUAUAACUCACAACGAAGACAUCGACAUUCACGGUCUGAGGAACGUCUUUUACGGCUUGAGAAACACGACGUCUCUGAGAGAACUCAGCAUGAACCUAAUCGUGAACCGCUACUCGCUUGGGAUUUGUUUAGACAGCUCGUAUCUGAAAUAUUUCCCGCCUAAUUUAGAAAUCCUACACGCGCAGGAAAACAAUUUAGAAGCAGUGGAGAGGAAUUUGACGUCCCUCCUCCCCAAAACUCUAAAAUAUCUAGAUGUCAGUGGGAACAGAUUUGUGUUUGGGACCUACCUUAAGGACCUUCCUCUACUUGAGAACCUAGAAGAGCUACAAUUCAACCACGCUACGUUUGAGUACCUAAUCCCCGGUAGCUACCCUUUUGAAAUCAGCCUCAAGGCGUCAGACAGUAACUGUACUCUAUACGGAAAAUACAAAACCGAUGCGAAAAAUGAACAAUUCAUGUUUUAUUUACCACCAAAGUUAAAACGUUUAGAAAUGAACAGCGUGGACUUACACUACAAGUUGACAGAAUUCCGGGUAGCGGAUAAUAUUCUGCAGUAUUUGAGCGUGACAGGAAAUAGUUUCCGGCAGCUCAUCGGACCGAUCCACAACUUACGGAAAUUAACGGUUCUGAACAUUUCCUCCAGCAGCGUGGAGAUAAUCUCCGAUGUAUUCUUCACCACAUUGACAAGUCUCAAGAGCCUGAACCUCAGCAGCAACAGGUUGGGAAGUUUUUUUAAAACUCAAAACACCAACGACGUUUUUGCCCCGUUGGUCAAUUUAAAAAUGUUGGACCUGUCGAAUAACGCUAUCAGCGUCCUCCCCCAGAACUUAUUCAGCAAACUUUUGAGUCUUGAAAUUUUACACUUGGAACAAAAUCCUUUAAAUGUAUUUAAUGUGAAUUUGACUGAUUUAGAAAAAUUAAACUAUAUAAGUUUAAAAUCCACAAAAUUGUUAAAUAUAGCAACAGGUAUCAGGACGCAUAUAGACUACCUAAUAGACAACAAUAAGCAAUUUACGAUAAUUUUGGAGGGAGCUCCUAUCAGUUGCACAUGUGACAACUACCACUUCCUGUUGUGGAUGACGUCAUCUAAAGCUUUUAAUAGCAAAUUCCGAGGUUACGUCUGCGUGUACGGCGAUAACUCACAAAAACCGAUUGACGAUGGUUACAAUACUACAGUCAGAAAUUUAAACGGUGAAUGCACAGAUCACGUCACUUUAUUUUUAUCCGUAGGUGGCGGUUCACUCGUGACAUUCUCUUUGAUUAUCUACGCCUUGCUUUACAGAUACAGAUGGCGAAUAAGAUAUCUGUACUACGCAGCGUAUCUUCAGUACAAAAAAUCUGGCAAACAGAAACAAAACGACUUUGAAUUCGAUGCUUUCAUUUCUUACGAUCACAAAGAUCACAAUUUUGUUGUGAACAAACUUUAUCCCGAGCUAAAGAAACGAGGGCUGAACGUGUUCAUUCACGGCAGAGAUUUUGUAGCUGGUGACUACAUCGCCUCGAACAUCGUCAAAGCUGUCUGUACCUGCAGGAAAACUGUGGUCGUCUUGACGAGGAACAUGAUCAACAGCUACUGGUGUGGCUACGAAAUUCAGAUGGCCAAUAUCGAGUCCAUCCACACCGGCAGGCCGGUUCUCAUUUUUCUGCUGAUGGAAAAAAUUCCGGAGACUGACCUUGGCCGGGAACUGCUGUACAACAUCCGGAAUAACACAUACAUUCCGUAUCCUGAUCCACUGCCUGAUGCCACCAGCAUAGGGAGGUUAUGGGAUAAACUUGCAAGUGAUAUCAGAAACUGAAGGAACGCGGGUCUGGUCUACAUUAGGAGCUAAUA